AUAGGGGCGGGCUAGGUUGCUAGGAGGCGGAGAAGGUGUGUGGUUGGUCCGCCAUUUUGUGGAGAGGGCGGCUAAGGAGGAGGUGUGUGGCGGAGGCGGCUGAAGGGGACAGAGCCGGCGCUGUCGCUGCCGCCAUGGUGAAGCUCUUCAUCGGCAACCUUCCCCGGGAGGCCACCGAGCAGGAGAUCCGCUCGCUCUUUGAGCAAUACGGCCGGGUGCUGGAGUGCGACAUCAUCAAGAACUAUGGCUUCGUUCACAUUGAGGACAAGACGGCGGCGGAGGACGCCAUCCGCAACCUGCACCACUACAAGCUUCACGGCGUCUGCAUCAACGUGGAGGCCAGCAAGACCAAGAGCAAGGCCUCCACCAAGCUCCACGUCGGCAACAUCAGCCCCGCCUGCACCAACCUGGAGCUGCGGUCCAAGUUUGAGGAGUACGGCCCCGUGCUGGAGUGCGACAUCGUGAAGGACUACGCCUUCGUCCACAUGGAGCGGGCGGAGGACGCCGUGGAGGCCAUCCGGGGCCUCGACAAUACGGAGUUCCAAGGCAAACGAAUGCGCGUGCAGUUGUCCACCAGCCGGCUCAGGACCGCGCCCGGGAUGGGAGACAAGAGUGGCUGCUACCGGUGUGGGAAGGAGGGUCACUGGUCUAAAGAGUGCCCGGUCGAUCGCACGGGGCAAGUGCCCGAGUUGACCGAAACCUAUAGUGAGCAGUACGGAAUGGUGCGCACCCCUUACCCUGCAGGCUAUGGGGACCCCGUAUAUUACGAUGACCCUUAUGGAAUGGUGGAUUACUAUAAACGGUACCGCGCGAGAUCCGCCGUGGCGUACGGGGCUUCUGCAUACGACGCUUAUGCGGAGCACACUAUGGCCCAAUAUUCCCAGUAUGCCCAGUAUUCACAAGCCACAGCCAUGGCCAGUCGCCUCUCUACCGCCUUAGACCCCUACGAGAGGGCCUUGCUACCAGCCUCGGGAACUGCGGCGGCGGUAGCUGCCGCCGCGGCCGCGGCUGCGACCUCUUCCUUUUACACCCGGGAUAGAAGCCCUCUGCGUCGCUCAGCAGCCGCGGCUUCCACCACCGCAGACGUGUACGGAUACGAGCGUGUUCAGCUGUCUCCCGUCUCGCGAUCCUCCCUCUACGAUGUCCAGCGAUUUGGGCGGGACGCAGGCGCGGACAGGUUGCGGUACUCCGCGUAUUGAGUCUGGAGGUGAGAGCGUUUUUUCAUGCAUAGCUAGGAGGAGGAGGGGGAAUGGCCCGUUGGUGUGGCUGACGGUAAGACUUGGGAAAGUAGCUGGCUGCUACAUGUGUCUCAUAGGGAUACCUGUCGGUAUCUGUGGUGCUCUGGAUCCCGCUGCAGUGAGCAGAGCAUACAUCUGGAGUUCACAUCUGGAGCAAGCUGUGCCAUGGGCGUGGGAGGCUUAGUUUGGACCUCUAUCAUGGGGCAAGCGAAAAAGGGAGCCUGUUCCUUUGUUAUAAAAUUACACACCCAGGAUUUCUUUCCAUAGGGAGAAUAGUACCUCUCUUCUACUGCUUCUAAAAACCCCAAACCGGCCCUUGGCAGUUCUCCCUAUUUCCUCCAUGUACCUCUGCUACAUCUUCUUUGGCCCACACCUCGCUUUCUGUUCACAGGGCUGUCUCACUCUCCUUGCAUAUGCACAUCAUACGGCUAGACACGGGGUGACCCUCUAGUUAUGCUGCUUUGAAAUCUCAGUAGGACCUUGAAUUCAUGGAAGACACCCCGGUGUCAUCUCUGAGCCUAUAGUCUGGACUCUGGAGGAUCACUUUUCCUUCACCCCACCAAGGCAUAGUAGAGCAAACCCCAUAUCCACUAGUAGUUAUUGGUCCACCCUCUUCUCUAAACACGUCUGACUCGGCUUUCUCCCAUUUAAUGCCUUCCCAGACAUGUAGUUUAACACAUCUAGGUUGGGGGGAGGCUGACCAUCUGCUUUUUAGAAGUCAUGUUGGCCAGUGACCAUCAUGACAUUUUCUUUCACUGAAUGUCGUUUAACCACAUUGUGUUAAAGGUGGGUCAACAGUGCUUGCAACAUGCAGACCUCUGAGGUCCUGUUUGGAGUCUCUUGCCUGCAGUUCACUGAAGUCACAACAAAUUGUCACCUUUCCUUGAAUGUCAGGUUUCAAGUUUGCGUGAUUCCCAUUGCAUAGCAGGAGCGCCCAAGACUCUGGAAUCGAUUAAGCCUGGCCGUCUUCCUGGGAACUGAAACAGAGCUAUUUGAAGGGGGUCAUAGUGUAGUAGAAGAAAGUAAUUGAUUAGACGAACGAUUAGUUCCACCUGGUCUAAGGCAUCUCCCUUUGUUCCAGGGAAGGCGCUGUAGUUCAGUGGCACAGUCCCUGCUCUUCAUGGAGAAGGUCUCGGUCUCCAUCCUUGGCAUCUCCAGUUUCAAAGGACCUUGGAUGGCAGGGCUGGAAAAGGACCUCUGCCAGGCCAUGGUGACUAGGGGUUUCUGGGAAGUGUAGUCCAAAGGAGUCAUUGGUUGGAGUUGGGAAAAGGCCAGCCUUAAUUCUUCCUCUGGGAAUGUCUGUGUAAGCACAGUGGAAAAGGUGAGUUGGUGAUCCCAGACUGCUACAUCAUUUUCAUCAGUUGCCCCAGAACCCUUAGUAGUGCCCUAAGACUUGCCUAGAAAUUGAAUGGUUUGGGUCUACAAGGACUGCUUUGUUUUCUAAAAUGUUUAAUGUCAACCUGAAAAAGAAUCCCCUCCUUAGCUUGCUUUCCACUCAUCUUUGAGUACACAGCGAAGGCUUGUAAACCACUCCAGGAAUAUGUUGAUGUUGCCUCUUCCUUUCCAAGAACUAUCUGUGAAGUAGAGGUUCCAAAUGUGGUGAUUUUUCUUGCUUUUCCUUUCCCUCCCCACCAUAUCUGUUCUUCCCACUUGCUUAUAUUCACAUGCACCCAAGCACAUGACUCUUGGUUGAUGCUCAGGACUUUGGUUGGGCACAUGCAGACCAUCCCUAGAAGCGUGUUGGAAUCCAGUGCUGCCUGCUACUGGGUUUUUCUCUAGGCGCAGAGACUAUACCCCCCUGAGCCUUCAAAUGAACUGUGUCUUUUAUCUUUCAGGUAGGCUAUUUGAGGGCUGGACGUCGGGUUCCUGCGUCGCGCCCGCGGCAAAGCUAUGCCAGGCUUCAUGGCGUGUCGAUUUGUGUUUAGCGUGGCCUCACUAGUGGACAUUUUGUGCGUCUUCAGAACUUAGUGACAGCUAACUUCAUUUUUUAAAGAAGGAAACUUUCCCAGGGGUUGCUUAUGGGGGUGGGAAAGAGGGGUAAGUGUUCGCAGAGGGGUUUUGCACCAGGUUCUGCACCCUCCUAUUUGGCACGGUCACAGUCUUUGCUUUCUUGGUCUCUUGUUGAGAUCUCGACAAGGUGGCACCGGGGGAAACAAGGGGCAAGCCCUCUUCCUUCUGGAUCGUGGUUUGAGCCACUGCCUUUUCCCUCCGCCUCAAGAGGCUUCAUUUUGGAAUAACCUUUUUUUCUUUCCCUGUGAGAAGUCACUGCCAUACAGACCUGAGUUUUUGGCCCCUCUGGUGGCAUCCUUUCCUUCAUAUAUUGAUAUUAACCUGUGUUUCUUUUUUUUGUUCACCGAACACUUUUCUUCACCUUCCCCAAAACCCUUCUUCAAUAAAACAAAGUAUUUGUAACAGA